AUGGCUGACCCGGAACCCGAGAUCGCCCACUUCCGCUCCCAUCAAUGGGCCAAUUCUCUAAUAUCCUCGGAGGACUUCAUCCCAAUCCCUACGGAUUCCCGGAAAAUCAAGCCCUCAACCGGAGAAGACGGUUAUUUUGCCAACACGCUAGGGACUCCAUCUACCAUUCCACAUGUACUCACUUUAAUGCGUCGCGACAUUCCCGGCGCGCCCGCCGAGACUCCGACCUGGCUCCCCGCAACAAAACAAGAUGCAGCGGCCACGGCAAAACCCACUCCAGCCGUGAACCCGGCGGAUGUCCUCAUGAUUUUUGAUCUUGGGAAUCCUGGUCUCUCGGGUCAUCCGUACACUGUGCACGGCGGCCUUGUAGCAACGCUUAUAGAUGAGGCCAUGUCUCUUGCUGUUGCGGCGCAUACCCGUGGACCGGGUGCAAAGAUGACUGUGGAAGAGAACCCCCGCGGAAAGGUCUUUACAGUGCAGCUUGAUGUCCGAUAUAAACAGCGGGUGGUCACGCCUGCUUUGCUAGUUAUACGGGCUAGAGUUAUCGGGCGUGUUGGCAAGAAGUUCUGGGUAAGGGCUCAGGCUAUACAAGAGGAUGAAGAGGGUGCUGGUGGCCAUUUAGAGUGGGCGAAGAGAAAGGUUGUCAAGGCCGAUGCUAUGGCUUUCUGGAUUGUGGUGCCUGAUGAGAAGCUUUGA